ACGAAAAAAGGAAAUAGAAAAAAAAAGAAGAGAACAAAUCUUUUUGAUCUGUGCGUAUGGUUGUUGUGUCUCUUCUUCCUCGAAUCUCGAUCGUUACAUCACCGGGUUCUAGCCUUCACGAUGUGCUUUUGAGCAUGAGAUUUGGUUUGACGCGACAUCUCCCUCUCAAACGAUCUUUCUCCAAUUAUUCAAUCACUUCCGUAUCUCCAGAACAACAGCUCAAAUCUCCGGUGACCAUGGCGACGACCGAGAGCAAGAAUCUUGUAGAAGCUUCCAAGGAGGAGACAAACAAGAAGGAGACAGAAGAUAAGAAGGAGGUGGGAGUUUCGGUUCCUCCACCGCCAGAGAAACCAGAGCCUGGCGAUUGUUGCGGUAGCGGUUGCGUCCGAUGCGUUUGGGAUGUUUAUUACGAUGAGCUCGAAGAUUACAACAAGCAGCUUUCUGGAGAAACUAAAUCAAUUUGACUGAUUUUUCCUCGCAUUGUUAAUGGAGAAAUUAAACAUUUGUCUUUGUCGAUUUGAUGAUACAGUGCUUUUGUUGAACAACAUUUUGGAUCUCUCUAUGAACUUGAGCUGAUUUACUUGUGAAUAGAAGAAA